ACGAAGAGUACGAUUGAUGGUGUUCAGCGUACAGAGAGAGCCUCAUGUGCUGGCAUCGAUGAUGGGGCCGCGCGCCAGCAUGACGGCGCGAUAGCGUGACACCAAGCGGGGCAGCCUCCCUCCACAACCAUGGCCAACGACAAGACAGCAAAAGUGUCCCCCGGCCAAGGAGCCCAGGGCAAGGCCACGCGCAGCCGUAGAGAGUUAAAAAAGAAGCUCAAGAAGGCCGGCCACGUCGCCGUCGCCGCGACGGAGCUCGAAAAGGGCGCCAAGGACGUCAAGGACAGGUACGGCAAAACAAAGGGCGAGACGCUCCGCGGCGCGCAGGGCCGCGACAAAAAACGGCAGAAUCCCAUCGUGCCCAAGGCCAUCUCUACGAGAGCCGCCUCGAACAAAGCUAAUUUAGUGAUGGCGGCCAAGAUGUGCAAGGACCCGGUGCAGAUGUCGAUGCGAGAUGUCUGCACUGAUUUCCUCGACCCCUUCCACCAGUGGUCGUCGCAGAAGGUCGGCGAUGCCUACCUGAAGAGGAUGCAGCCCAUUGAUUGGUUCUCUAGAGAUACCGGUUGCAGAGGAGCAUGGUGUUUCACUUCUGCCUGGAGGUGUGCUAGUCGAUUGGGCAGUGCAGGUACGGACGCCGCGGGCUACGCCGUGGCCUGGUCGGCUCUAGGCUUUAUUGGAGAAGGUUUACAUCGAAAUACCUACAUCGGCUCGUACGUGGCCGGCCCGAAAAGGGGCCGGAGAUGCGUCGUCAAGCGUUUGAAGGGCGAAAAGGGGUCCUGGACCGGAGACCAGAUGCCGGAUUUUUUAAGGCAGGACAUCGGCGUGUCGGAUGUCUGCAUCUGCUUGGCUGGGGAGUUCAACAAAUUGCAACAAAAUAACCGGACUCGUACCUUACGGUUCAACAAGUACCUUGCUUUACGGGUAGGGAGUGCGGGUCGGUUAUCAGGCUUCGCACCGGGCGAGUGGGUGACCGUCGAGGACUACUAUCCCGGUGGGUUUGAAAAGCUCGUGGCCAAUAGCGGUGUUGUGGCCUAUGAGAACAAUAGGGGUUCGCUCGCUACAUUUUCUCAUUGGACCUACCACAGAACCCAAGGGAAAUUCUUAGUGACGGAUAUCCAAGGCGUAAGGCCAAAACUGGAGGAGAUCUAUCUACUCACGGACCCGGCGAUCCAUUCGGUCGAUGAGCGUGGUGGGUGUCUGGACCACGGCGAAAGCGGGAUUCUGAACUUCUUCGCCACGCACGAGUGCACUAGUCGUUGCAAGGAUCUACUGAGGCCUCGUGUGAGCGAGGAGGAGCUGCGGAAAAGACGCGAUAGAGUAGCAAAAAGGCCGGGCGGCUGGCGCAUGGCGAAGGGCGACAGCGACGAGGAGGAGAAGGAUCCCGCUUCCAAACCUCCUUCGUUCGCGCAUGCGCAGCGGGAAACGCGACUCAUCUUCCAGGCUCCCAAGACCAAGUAACUUAUUUAUUGUUCGUA